GGGCGCUGACCUGUGGGAGGCGGGGUUGAACCCGGAAGUGUUUGGUGGUUGACAAGGAGCUGGCCCAAGAUGGCGUCGCGACCAGGAUCAGGCGGCGGCGCUGGAGGCGGCAGAGGCUUCAUGUUCCCAGUAUCAGGGGGAUUAAUUCCUCCCCAAGGGAUGACACCAAUGCAGCAUCAGCAGCAGCAGCAGCAGGGAUUCCCCAUGGUACCUGUGAUGCAGGCUAACAUGCAAGGCAUAAUAGGAAUGAACUUCAGUUCACAGAUGCCUGCUGGAUCAAUGCCUAUGCAGGGUGGAAUGCCGAUGGGUACCAUGCCACCAGCGGGAAUGCCAUAUAUGCCACAACAUCAUUACAUGGCAAUGCGGCCAUCACCGCCACAGUACACACCGGAUAUGCAAAAACAGUUUGCUGAAGAGCAACAAAAACGAUUUGAACAGCAACAAAAGAUGAUGGAAGAGGAACGGAAACGGCGACAGUUCGAAGAGCAAAAGCAGAAGCUUCGCCUUCUGAGCAGUGUGAAACCGAAGAUUGGGGAAAAAAACAGAGAUGAUGCUUUGGAAGCCAUUAAAGGAAACCUUGCUGGGUUCACAAGGGAUGCAAAGAUGCACCCAGGCCCUGCUCCACAUUCCAGUAAACAAGAUACUCCCCAGUCAUCCCUAUCAACUGCCCCUCCUUCCCAAUCCCCUGCUUUUUCUGACGAUGAAGAAUUCAGUGACUUUGUUCAAGGGCCUGAUUCUGCUGCACCUGCGGCUCCCACCAGUUUCCAGCAGUUCCAACCCUUCUGCCCCACGUUAGAGUCUGGGCUGCAGUCUGAGCUGGCUGCAGCUCCGGCCCAACAUGGUAGCUCACACCACCCUAAAGCUUCUACUGCAUUGUAUGCCACAGCAGGGCAUUCAGCAAAACACAGCCAAGGCCUUUCAUUAGAAGAGAAAAUGUUUGCUUCCUGUGAUUUCAGCAUGCCCAAACAGGCACACAUUAAAUUUAACAAGUCUGAGCCCAAGGCCCACUUUGGGUCUAAAGCCUCAGUCUCGACUCAGUUUCAGCCCAGUGCCAAGGCCUGUAACUGGGGCAUCCAGUCUGAAAGUCUCAGUGGUGUCUUCACAGCAGACAUGCCAAAGGAACCUGAGCCAGAGUCACCUGCCAAAGAGAGUGGUGUCGGUGUGUACCCUCCACAGGAUACGCUUCAACCCAUGCUUCCUCCAUGGCUGUUCAAUGACAAUCUUGUCCCAGAACUCUACAGGAAAGUUCUUGAAGUCACUCUCUCCCCUGUGGGUAUUGAGACAGCAAAACUUUAUCCAAUUCUUCUGUCAUCGGGAUUACCCAGAGAGAUGCUGGGCCAAAUAUGGGCUCUUGCUAAUCGCGCAACUCCUGGCAAACUAACGAAAGAGGAACUGUAUACAGUAUUGGCUAUGGUAGCCAUGUCUCAGAGGGGCAUUCCUACAUUGAAUCUUGAAAAUCUCAACCAGUUUUCAUCGGCUCCUCUUCCUACGCUAAAUGCAAUGGCGAUGACUUCAGUUCCACAGCAACCCAUGCUUUCCAUGGCUUCGGGUGCAAGUCUGUCUGUUCAAGCAGGAAUGGAUCUUCCCACGCCACUGGGUGGUAGUGCUGUCCCAGUUUCCAGUAGCUUUAUGACAUCAUUUCCUGUCAGUCAGGCUGUUAAAUCUGAUGAUGAUGACUUCCAGGAUUUUCAGGAGGCUCCUAAACACAAUGCAACUGAUGAUUCAUUCAAGGGAUUCAAGAGUGAAGCCUCUGGAAUUUUAUCGAAAGCCCCAGGCUCACAAACUGCAGUCAGUGCGCACACUUUACUGACACCAAUUUCAGGCACCUCUGCUUCAUCAUCUGUGGAUAAAUAUGCAGUCUUUAAAGACUUGACAGAAGACAAGCCUGCUGAAAGUUCACCAUUUGCAGAUUUUGGCGAUAAAUACAGUGUGUUUCGGGACCUUGGUCAGAGCAUGGAGAGUAAAGCCUCAGGGGAGGGCUUUGCAGAAUUCAAGUCACCAGGAAAUGAUGACGGAUUCACUGACUUCAAAACAGCAGACAGCAUUUCACCAGUAGAUUCUUCAGAGCAAGCAAAGACAUUCACAACGGCCUUUCCUUCCGUGCCCUUUCUUCCACAACCACCACCUGUAACACAACCUAAAGACACUUUCAGUCUCACGGACCUUUUUAACUCUGUCAGUUCAUCUGGAGAGAACAAAUCUGUAUCAUUUCCAUCAGUUUCUGUGACCUCAUCCAUUACAUCAUCUGUGUGUGUCGCACCAUCAUUACCAUCAUCACAUUCAUCCGGUACUAUUUCCUCAUCUGGUAGCAGGACUGUUGGCGGAAUUGAUGACUUUGGGGACUUCAGUCUUUUUGGCAUUGCAUCCAGUACUACUGCAGGUGGGGAAUGGGAUCAGGAUGAAUUUGCAGAUUUUAUUGCUUUUGGCACUACUGGAUCCUACGAACAGAAAUCAAAGGAUAAGUACGAUAUUUUCAGGCAGGAGAAGAAUGAUGGCUUCACAACAUCUUUUGAUGCCUCACUUGGCAUAGCAGAGCAGCCUCCAGCCUCAACUGUAGACAAAUAUGAUGUCUUUAAACAAUUACCUGAGGAAGGGUCUGUGAUGGGCUUUGAGGAGCAAAAAGACAGUACCUCUCUUUCACAAGGGAAGAAUGAUGAUGACUUUCCAAUUACCAAGUUGCCCCUUGCAUUUGGCACCUCCGAUAAGGUUUUCAUGGAUAAACUUUCUGCUUUUAAGCAAGCAAAAGAGGACUCUGCUUCUGUGAAAUCUUUGGACCUUCCUUCUAUUGGUGGGAGCAGUAUUGGUAAAGAGGACUCAGAAGAUGCCUUAUCUGCUCAGUUUGACAUGAAGUCAGCUGAGGUUGGUGGUGAUUUGAAGCAUGUAUUGUCAGACAGCUCGCUGGAUUUACCACCUGUCAUUGGUCAGCCACCUCCGGUUACAGAUCUCGAUGACUUUAAGUUUGACCCAUUUGGUACCUUUAGCAAUGGCUCUGCAGUCAGCAGUUUAACUAGCUAUGAUUGGUCUGAGAAAGAAGACUCAGGCACCCACAUUAAGAAGCAGCCACCAUUCUUUAAUUCCGAGGGCAGGUCCUUAUCCUCCACCUCUGUGCUUCAGAAGAAAGAAACUUCUUUUGGCAGCUCUGAAAACAUCACUAUGAUGACUGUCUCCACGGUAACAACAUUCUCAGCUGAAGAUGCAAAUUCCCAACACAAGUUUGAUGCCUUCGGAGACUUCAAAGAGACAGCAGAACAGACCAAACAGAAAAAACAAAGUGGUAACGACUUUGGAGACUUUGCAAUUACUUCUUUGAGGGAAAGGGAGAGAGAGAUUACAGAGCCUCAUUUGGCCGAACCAACUUCUGGAGAUGCAGAGCGAGGGACUGAAGUCCAAGUGACAAAUGGGGUUUCCUCCGAAGAAACGAAGACAGAAUCCUUUGAUGAAUUUGGGGAAUUUCAAAGUGAAAAGCCCAAAAUUAGUAAAUUUGACUUUCUAAUGGCUAGUUCCCAGGGCAAGAUAAAAUCCAGUGAAGAGAUGAUCAAGAGUGAAAUGGAAACAUUUGACCUUUCAGUACAAGGAUCUCAUAAAAGGAGUCUGAGCCUGGGGGAUAAGGAAGUGACCCGUCUUGCAGCACCUUCAGAACAGGCAUUCAGAGACCGUUCUAAUACUUUAAAUGAGAAACCAGCAGCACCACUGCCAGUCAUCAGAGACAAAUAUAAGGACCUGACUGGAGAAGUGGAGGAAAAUGAACGUUAUGCCUAUGAAUGGCAAAGAUGCUUGGAAAGUGCAUUGCAGGUGAUCAACAAGGCCAGUGAGACUCUGAAUGGAAUUAGCAGCUCAACGGUAUGCACCGAAGUCAUUCAGUCGACGCAAGGCAUGGAGUAUCUCUUGGGGGUAAUAGAGGUGUAUAGAGUGACCAAACGCGUUGAGCUUGGAAUCAAAGCCACAGCCGUGUGUAAUGAGAAACUUCAGUUACUGAUGAAGGAAAUCGAGAAUAUUUGGAGCAGUCUCACAAUAUUCAUGUCGCUCACUCCCCUCACGCCAGAUGAAAACUCUCUGGAUUUCUCUUCCUGCAUCCUGCGACCUGGAAUAAAAAAUGCAAAAGAGUUAGCCUGUGGAGUUUGCCUUCUUAAUGUUAACUCCAGAAGCAAGAAGGAAGAAAACUUGGAGGAUCAUCCAAAACAAGCCUUCAAUUCGGAGAGUGACAAUUUUAAGUUAUCUUAUGGAGGUCACCAGUAUCAUGCCAGCUGUGCCAAUUUCUGGAUUAAUUGCGUGGAGCCUAAACCACCAGGCCUCAUCCUACCAGACUUGCUCUGACAUUGUCAUCAGAACCACAUACUGUUACUACAUCUGUCCAUUUCUUGCACCUCAUUGACAUUUCACACGGAUCAGUGGGUAAUACAGGGUGUCCUGUGAAGAACAAUUUACAACUUUUAUUUUUUUAAGUAUAUUUAAGAGGUUAUAUUCAUGAGUUACCACCUAAUAAGCAAGAUUACUUAAAUACUUUGAAACGAUAGAGGGCAGCUGCUCAGAAUGAAACAAACCUGAUCCAUCCCUGGUUUCUUGAAACCCAGAGAUCGCAGUUGCAUUCAGUGAUUGCAACAAGGCAGUGUUGGUUUAGAUGUGUUUUAUUCAGUGCUGGGCUCAUUCUGUUUUUCUAAUUAUUGGAAAAAGUACUAAAAGUCUUUAUUUUAAAUUAUUUAAAUAUCUGAGUUAGGUGAAUACAUAUCUGCUAUCUUUUAGUUCUCUGCUAGGGUCUAAGUGAGGUGAUGAUAUUGUUUAAGGUGUCACAUGGGGGGAAGAUCACAACAGAAGAUUAUAGAAUCAACUGAAUGUCGAAAAUAUUGUCUAGAACCAAACAGCAUUCUUCUCAAAGCCCAGGCAAAACGUGACAGGAUGUGGAUUAAAACUUAAAAUAUUAGUAGAACGCAUCUUGCAGUAUAGUUACAGUAGUUGUUGUAUGCUGCAGAAUGUUCUAAUGGGUCAAAUGAUCUUCAAAAUGUGAGCAUUCAGAAAGACUUUCAUCUUUUUGUUGCUGAGCAACCCAGUCAUAUGUUGUCAUUUUCCAAUAUAUUUGUUUCUUUGUGUCAAAGGAAAGCCCUAUUGAGCCUCAUCACAUUGGACGGACUUGUUUGUCAGAAUAGUGAUGUGUUCCUCUCAAUAGAGAGCGCCUUUACUGGAGGUAGCAAUAUCUGACCAGCGUCUGUUUAACCACAGUAAAAUUAAAAACCCGGUGAUGUACAAUAGGCAGCUGACACUGACACAGUACCCCAAGUUCACAUUAGCCCCAAUAUACCAAGUAUCUCUGAUGUGACACCUUUUGUCACAUUUUUUCAAAUCAAGUUGUGUUUUAGGAAUAUAUUGUGGAAGAAAUUUGGAACAUAAAUAGUCAAGAAGAAAUUGAACCAAAUAGUUGCAGUCCAAUAUUUAUUUAAAUCAAAUGUUUUAAUAUGCUGUAUGAAAUUAUCCCAGUUUUCUUGGGAAAAAUCAAAUGGUCAAUAAUGAUGUACAAAAUUAAUUUAAAUAUUUAGUGGUAUACUUCUGUUUGCAUUGUUUAAGAAUUUAUAUUUCGGUGCAGUAUAAUAUAUUUCUGUAAAAGUCCAUCUCAUUCCUCAUUCUCUGCCCACUGCCUCAGCCCCACUUUCAUUCCCCUCGCCAUCCUUUCAUUGUGUAGUCUUGUGUGUGUUUGCAGAAUUGGGUGUUAUCUCUGCUGAUAAACAGUGGGCACCAUCAAAGCCUAGACUGCAAUUUGAUUGUGCCAAGAGGCCAGGUGAACAUGCUUGAGUGGCAAGAUCUGGGUUAUUGAAGUGGGGAUUUUGUGGUCAUGUCACGGCUGAUGCACUACCUCAGUACCAAGAAUAUUGGAUGGUGAUUCAAAUUCCACAGCAACAAUUGACCAGAAAAGAUGUAGGUUUUUAAUUUUGAUGGGUGCUCUUUUGGAAUGGGUACAUGCUUUUUCCUUGUAAUUUCCUUUAAUUCUGGCUUAAAUCCAUGGAGAGUUCUUGUCCCAUAAUGAAUUGUAUUUCAAGAAAAAAUGUAAGUUUUGCUGGAAGUAGAGAUCAAGCAGGUUGAACUUUUGUUGCCAUUGAGUCGGGGUGGGGGGGGGGGGGAGAUAGUGAAAUUACAAUUAAUCAGUUUGGUGACAAUGACAAAAACACUCUGAUGAUCAUGUUCUUUAAUAUUUCAAAGACCAUAGCAUGAAACCCAUGGUUAUAUGUGAAGGAAUGACCUUAACCAUUAGAGGUUAGUCUGAGCAGUAUUUAUAUUAUGCAAACUAUCAGAAGGAUGAUUUAACGAUUUUGGUUUUCUGAGGGUUAAGUCAAGUCCAUAUUCUUGUUACUGACAGUAAGCAGCCCACAAAGGGUGUUUCAUUUGCUACGUCUAUGAACAUGCUUUUCUUAACUGUAAGUGGACAUUUUGCAUUGCUUUUCUUCAUGUUCUGAGUGGUAGUUUUGUGUGCGUGUGUGUGAGUGCUUGUGUGUAGGGCCUACUUUAUGUGAAUUAGUUUUAUUUGACUGUUUUCCUGUUAUUAACUGUGACCGGUCAAAGCGAAAACUGAAGAAUGUGAUUAAAAUGAGAAAUCCAUCAACACAUAUGUUGCAUUUGUACACAGGCACGUCUGCAGUUGUGUACAGGCACGUCUGCAGUUGUGUACAGGCACGUCUGCAGUUGUGUACAGGCACGUCUGCAGAUUUGUGUACAGGCACGUCUGCAGAUGAAACAGAUAUGACAGCCAUUGAUAUCUUGCAUUCAUCUCUAUGAAGAACAGUCAUUUUGAUUUUACAUGGCUUUUAAAUGAUAAUUUUAAUUAAAUAAAUCAUGUUCAUAAAAUUGUCAGUAGAUGUUGAUGAUGGAGCCUGUUUUGCAUUUCCAACAUUUUAUGUUUUUAGUUUAAAUGUGUAAGAUUUUAAUUGAGUGAAGUCAAUUAUAGAGUGCAGAUUUGAUAUAAUCUGAUGCCCUUUUCCGUAAUAACUCAGUGACGGAGUUAACAUUAGGGUCAGGAUUCCUUCUUUUUGCAACAACUCCAGUGUCCUAGGUUACUGUAUCCAAGUCUCUCUAGUUGCUGUGGAAACCAUGUGAACCCUAACAAUGUAUGCAGCAGGGUCUAUUUAUCAAAACAUCAAAGGAGCAUUAAAGAUUUCAAGUGAAAUUAUGUUUCAAAUAA